CACAAACACUCAGCGACGAACACUCCUCCAGUCCUUAGUAGCCUGAGGGACGGACACUCGGACACAGACACCAAAAAGCAGCGAAACCAGACUGUGCUGCCCGGAGAAGCUCUGAAGUACACCACAGGUUGCUGUCCAGGAUGGCGGGGAUGAAGGAGCAGCAGUUCACGGAGGAGAAGCCCCUGCUGCCGGAGCAGCGAGGAGUGGACUCGGACAUGCAGGAUAAAGGAGAGGAGGCGUCGGGGGGGUUACCGUGCCCCGCCAGCCCCGCGCCCCCUAACAACCCCCCUCCCCCCAGCCGCCCCACUCACCGCUGGCAUGUCAUCGCGCGGCACUGGCUCCGCCAGACCCGCCGUCGGGCCAGCGGGGUCCUCCCGGAGAGCUGCGAACAGCUGAUGCCGGCAGGGGAUUGGAAGGAACAUGAUAUUGAGACCCCUUACGGGAUGCUGCACGUGGUGAUCCGCGGGGCACCCAAAGGAAACAAGCCUGCUAUUCUCACCUACCACGAUGUGGGACUGAACCAUAAGCUGUGCUUCAACACUUUCUUCAACAACGAGGACAUGCAGGAGAUCACCAAGCACUUUGUGGUUUGCCACGUCGACGCCCCGGGACAGCAGAUUGGAGCGUCGCAGUUGCCACAGGGGUACCAGUACCCAACCAUGGACCAGUUGGCCGGGAUGCUGCCCACUGUGGUGCAGCACUUUGGAUUUAAGAGCAUCGUUGGGAUCGGAGUUGGAGCUGGAGCUUACAUUCUGGCCAAGCUUGCUCUGAUCUUCCCUGACCUGGUGGAGGGUUUGGUUCUGCUCAACAUCGACCCCAAUGGCAAAGGCUGGAUUGACUGGGCUGCCACCAAGCUGUCAGGUCUGACAAGUGCUCUGCCAGAUACUGUGCUGCCGCAUCUUUUCAGCCAGGAGGAGCUGAUGAGCAACACAGAGCUGGUGCAGAGCUACAGGCAACAGAUCAACAACACCGUCAACCAGUUCAACCUGCAGCUUUUCUGGAACAUGUACAACAGUCGGAGGGACCUGGAGAUGAAUCGCAGUGGGACAGUGAUCAACGCCAAGACCCUGAAGUGUCCUGUGAUGCUGGUGGUGGGAGACAACGCCCCUGCCGAGGAGGGAGUGGUCGAGUGCAACUCCAAACUGGACCCAACCAACACCACCUUCCUUAAGAUGGCUGACUCUGGUGGACUUCCUCAGCUCACGCAGCCUGGCAAGCUGACCGAAGCCUUCAAGUAUUUCCUGCAGGGAAUGGGCUACAUCGCUUAUGUGAAGGAUCGGAGGUUGAGUGGAGGGCCAGUGCCAUCUGCCAGUAUGACCCGCCUGGCUCGCUCCAGGACGGCCUCCCUGACCAGCGCCAGCUCCAUGGACGGGUCCCGCUCUCGGGCUUGCACCCAUUCCGACAGCACCGAGGGAGUCGGCACGGUCACCCACACCAUGGAGGUGUCCUGCUGAGUAUCUAG